GGCGCGAUGGCGGAGGUGCCGCAGGAUUGCCCCGGCGCGGGCAGCGACCAGGCGGGCAGAGGGGCCUCCUGCCAGGACUGCCCCAACCGGCGCCUCUGCGCGUCGGGGGCCGGGGCCGCACCAGACCCCGCCAUAGAGCAAAUCAAAGAAAAAAUGAAAACCGUGAAACACAAGAUCGUGGUGCUGUCUGGAAAAGGUGGUGUUGGCAAAAGCACUUUUAGUGCUCACCUGGCACGUGGCUUAGCGGAAGAUGAAAGUAAACAGGUUGCUCUGCUAGACAUCGAUAUAUGCGGGCCCUCUAUCCCCAAGAUAAUGGGUCUGGAGGGAGAACAGGUGCACCAAAGUGGUUCUGGGUGGUCUCCAGUGUAUGUGGAAGAAAACCUAGGCGUGAUGUCACUGGGCUUCUUGCUCAGCAGUCCUGAUGAUGCUGUCAUCUGGAGGGGGCCCAGAAAAAAUGGAAUGAUCAAACAAUUUCUUCGUGAUGUGGACUGGGGAGAAAUCGACUAUCUAAUUGUAGACACCCCUCCAGGCACUUCAGAUGAGCACUUAUCAAUCGUGCAGUAUCUCAGCGCAGCACACAUAGAUGGUGCAGUACUCAUCACCACUCCUCAGGAAGUAUCAUUGCAGGAUGUUCGGAAAGAAAUAAACUUCUGUCACAAAGUAAAAUUGCCAAUCAUUGGCGUCGUAGAGAACAUGAGUGGUUUUAUAUGUCCCAAGUGUAAGAAAGAAUCACAGAUCUUUCCUCCAACAACUGGGGGUGCGGAGGUCAUGUGCCGGGACUUAAAUAUCUCCCUCCUGGGAAAGAUUCCUUUAGACCCACAGAUAGGGAAAAGUUGUGAUAAAGGACAAUCUUUCUUGGCAGAAGUGCCAGAUUCUCCAGCGACAGUAUCUUAUAGAAAUAUUAUCCAAAGAAUUCAAGAUUUUUGUGGCCUUCACAGUUCACAAGAGAAGUCUCUGUAACCCACCAACCCUGAAUUAAAUGGGCAAAAUAA